CUCUUUCUUCCCCCCGCCCCCAUUUUGCACAGAAGCCGGGAGGAUAAUUCACUGCAGGCUCUGACUGCAUCCCUCUUCCCCCCAGCCACCACCGGCUCUUCGGGAAAGUUUAGAUUUGAUCCUCUGGAAUCUGCAAAAGGAAAGUCUGCCAGCCUCUGUGAAUAGCUUUGCAGUGUAACAGGAGUGGAGUUCCCGGGCAGAAUCGCUGAGAGAUAUGUGAAUGUGUGGGAGCAAAGCUGAGCACGUCGGUGUUUCUGCCUCAAACCUGGGCUCGUUCCCCAGGCACGGUCUGUGUGUGGGGUGAAUACCUCUGUGGCACCUGGAGAUGAUGUCAGUCGAAGGGUCUACGAUAACAAGUCGGAUCAAAAAUCUGCUUCGCUCCCCUUCCAUUAAGCUGAGAAGAAGCAAGCCUGGGAACAAGCGAGAAGAUAUAGGCAGCAAGGUGACUUUGGAGAAGGUGUUGGGCAUAACCGUGUCAGGAGGCAGAGGAUUAGCCUGUGACCCCAGAACUGGCCUUGUCGCUUAUCCAGCAGGGUGUGUUGUUGUGCUAUUCAACCCUAGAAAAAAUAAGCAACAUCAUAUUCUAAACAGCUCCAGGAAAACAAUUACAGCACUUGCUUUCUCUCCAGAUGGAAAAUAUUUGGUUACAGGAGAGAGCGGACACAUGCCAGCAGUUCGUGUAUGGGACGUGGCUGAGCGAACCCAGGUGGCGGAGCUCCAGGAGCACAAAUACGGUGUGGCCUGUGUGGCCUUCUCCCCCAGCUCCAAGUACAUUGUUUCUGUGGGGUACCAGCAUGACAUGAUUGUCAAUGUGUGGUCAUGGAAGAAAAACAUCGUAGUGGCAGCCAACAAAGUCUCAAGUAAAGUGACAGCAGUGUCAUUCUCGGAGGACUGCAGUUACUUUGUCACUGCUGGAAAUCGACAUAUCAAAUUCUGGUACCUGGAUGACAGCAAAACCUCCAAGGUGAAUGCCACAGUCCCCUUGCUGGGUCGCUCCGGAUUGCUUGGAGAACUGAGGAACAACUUCUUUGCUGAUGUGGCUUGUGGAAGAGGCAAAAAAGCUGACAGCACUUUCUGUAUCACAUCCUCAGGCCUGCUCUGUGAAUUCAAUGAAAAAAGGCUGCUAGACAAGUGGGUGGAGCUGAGGAAUACAGACAGCUUCACAACCACGGUGGCAAACUGCAUCUCUGUGAAUCAUGACUACAUCUUCUGUGGCUGCGCUGAUGGCACUGUGAGGAUUUUUAACCCUCUGAACCUUCACUUUGUCACUACUCUGCCGAAGCCACACUUCCUGGGAACCGACAUCGCAAGUGUGACUGAGGCCAGCCGUCUUUUCUCUGGUGUGGCAGAUGCGAAGUAUCCAGACACAAUUGCAUUGACCUUUGACCCCACCAACCAGUGGCUUUCCUGUGUGUACAAUGACCACAGCCUGUAUGUGUGGGAUGUCAAAGAUCCGAAGAAAGUGGGCAAGGUGUACUCUGCUUUGUAUCACUCUUCCUGUGUGUGGAACAUUGAGAUGUAUCCAGAGGUGAAGGACAACAAUCAGCCCUGUCUCCCCCCUGGUUCUUUCAUCACCUGCUCCUCUGACAACACCAUUCGUCUGUGGAACACUGAAAGCUCCAACAUCCAUGGCACAGCCCUGCACCGCAACAUCCUCAGCAAUGACUUGAUGAAAAUCAUCUAUGUAGAUGACAACACUCAGGUACUUCUGGACACUGAUUACAACUCAGCGGGAAGUGCAGACAAAGCUGAUGCACAAGUGCUGGAUACCAAGGUGGGGAUACGCACUGUCUGUGUGAGUCCCAGCGGGGAGCACCUGGCCUCGGGGGACAGGAUAGGCACUCUCAGAAUAUAUGAGUUGCAGUCUCUGAAGGAAAUGCUGAAGGUGGAAGCCCAUGAUUCUGAAAUCCUAUGUCUGGAAUACUCCAAACCUGACACAGGUUUAAAGCUCUUAGCCUCAGCCAGUCGGGAUAGAUUGAUUCAUGUCUUGGAUGCUGGGAAGGAUUAUAGCCUGCAGCAAACCCUGGAUGAACAUUCUUCUUCCAUCACCGCAGUGAAAUUUGCAGCCAACGAUGGGAAAGUGCGAAUGAUAAGCUGUGGGGCAGACAAGAGCAUCUAUUUCCGCACUGCGCAGAAGACAGGAGAAGGGGUCCAGUUUACCCGAACACAUCACAUUGUUAGGAAGACCACACUUUAUGACAUGGAUGUCGACCCCAGCUGGAAAUACGCAGCUAUUGGAUGCCAGGAUCGUAACAUCAGGGUUUUCAACAUAAGCAGUGGGAAGCAGAAGAAGCUUUACAAGGGAUCCCAAGGCGAAGAUGGCACCCUUAUCAAAGUGCAAACAGAUCCUUCUGGUCUUUACAUUGCAACCAGUUGUUCUGACAAGAACCUCUCCAUUUUUGAUUUCUGUUCUGGCGAGUGUGUUGCAACCAUGUAUGGACACUCAGAGAUUGUGACUGGGAUGAAAUUCAGUAAUGACUGCAAACAUCUGAUCUCUGUUUCUGGUGACAGCUGCAUCUUCAUCUGGCGUCUGAGCUCAGAGAUGACCAUCAACAUGCGGCAGCGGCUGUCGGACAUGAAACAGAGAGGGAAGCAGGUGGAGAAGUCUCCUCCUCACAAGGCAGCUGGACUCAUGAGGCAUGAGUCCAUCUCUGCCCUGUCCUCUGUGCCUGCACUCUCAUCAGACAGUGAUAAGGAUGGUGAAGAUGAAGGGAAUGAUGAAGAUGAGUUACGAGGGCUGCAGUCUUUCCAUAUUCAAUCCAACUGCAACACUGACAGAGACUCAGAUUCAGACCUUACCCUCUCAAGAAGCCUUUCCCACUGGGAAAUGAGGAGGGCCAAAGAGAUAGCGGCAAUCCAGCGCUCAGAGGCACCAAUGAGCAAGAUGCCCCGGCAACGUGGUCGCUGGUCCCAGCCGACCAGCAACAUAGAGAUGACUGUGAAAUCCAUGCUUGACCUGCGUCAGCUGGAGUCCUUCUCUGUUUCCCGUUCUCCAAGUCGAGAUUCACUGUCUCAAAACAGCAAUGGGGAUGACAGAGAAGAGCACACUGACCUUCCUGUGCACAUCAACAAAGUUGGCAGCUCAAUACCUUCCCAAGAUAAUGGAUCUUGUGUGCGACCCCAAGUGAUUCGGCUUGUGUCUUGUGAAGAGGGGAUUUUCUCUCAGGAACUAGAACCUUCUGAGAGUGAGGAAUGUGUAAUCUACCCUGAGCAAGAUGAAAUCCAUCCCACAGACUCUAGCAGUGAGUUCCAGGUAAAAGCAUUGCCCCAUGGGAAGCUCUGUAGAGGUUAUCACAGUAAUGGAUGCCCAGACAAACACAGUCCAGACAGUGCCUGCUCUGUAGAUUACAGCAGCAGUCGUCUGUCCAGCCCAGACCAUCCGAAUGAAGAUUCUGAGGGCACCGAACCUCUAAGUGUAGAUGGUGUCUCGGACCUGGAGGGAGAAGAAGGAGAGGAGGAUGUGGGUACUAGCAUGCCUGAGAGAGAAAUUCCUCCGAUACCUGAUCAGGAAAAGUUCCUCAAGGAGCAUUUUGGGACCCUGAGCAAUACUGAUGGAAAAGGUGGCUCAUGUAGGAAUCUGGAAAGAACCGACAACCUCAGCAUUUCCUCUCGCUUUUUUUCCCAGUCCCCGGCUCUCAGACGAUUGUCACUCUCUUCAUCAAAUCUGACACUGGAUUCAAAGCCCAUUGAGCCACCAACCCAGACCAGUCAGUUUACACCAAACCUGUUGAAAAAUGACAGCAGCCAUCCUGGUGAUGCAUCAGAGAACAGCCAGCUCCUAGAGAAUGUAAAUUCAAAUCGAGCUAUUUAUGUGCAGAAAAAACGCAGAUCAGCUUUGGAGACCAGCAGAGUUGGUAUGGCUCCUGGACGGGUUACUGCCUCCUUUCCAGAAGGCCCUGUGAAUGCAGUCAUGAGAAAGGCACAGUCAGUGCAUGACCUCGUGCAUGAGGAUAAGGGUCCAGGAGUGAUAUCCUCUGCCAAGCAGCGUCCUCAGACUCUUUUGGUGGUUGAGAAGGACCCCAGACCUAACAAUUGCAGGGUGUUAUCAGCCAGUAUGUUGAAGAUGGAUGGAUCUGGUGCUCUGCUGGCCAAAGAUGUCAGGGCUGCAAAACCAAAGUCCUACAUGAAUCCCACAACCAGCUUCCGGGCUAAGAUGUCAAGGAGCAUAUCUGUAGGGGAAAAUCUGUACCUUGGUUGCUCCACUGAAAUGUUGACUGAUGGGAGGACUAGUCCUCCGGUGACAGAGAAGACACAAUUUAAUUCCACACAAGAUGCUGAGAAGAUUAAGCUGCCAGUGAAAGAAAAUGUUCCAGUGAAACCUGCACUCCAGCCAGUUGUAAACUGCUCAUCUCCCAAGUCUUUCCACAGCAAGUUGGCAUCAUCAAACCGAGCACAUCUGAUUCUUGACAUUCCCAAGCCGUUGCCUGAUAGACCCACACUGGCCUCCUUCUCACCCACUACCAAAACGAAAACCCUGCUUGAGCCACAGUCUCCUCAGUCACCUGCUGGGGCCUCUAAAAAGAAACCCUCUUUUCCUGAGGUCCGCACCUCCAAGAGGGAGAACCAAACUGCUGGGUCUCUGGUUCCUGGUAGAGAGGUCCCAACAGGGCUUGCUAAGGAGAGCCCAGUGGAUUAUCCAGUCUCAAGGACAGAUUGCCAGGAUGAGCCAGGGGUCACUAGUCUAAAACUGAGGGCGGUGUCAGAGGGCCAGCACCUAAGGUCUCCUGAGAGCACACUGCCCAGGGGCAGGGAGCGGAUCACCGGCAUCGCCUGUGUGCUAGACAGCCAACCUGGACUUUGCCCACUAGACCCCAUCAGGCCGAGGUCUCCUACAUCUAUAACUGCCUCGGCACAGGUCUCAGGUGUGCAUGGAUACCCAUCUCUUAUCUUCCCCCUUCUGUCUUCUGUCUUUGUGAACCGCCUCACGAUCCCAUCACAUUUCUUUACGUCCAGCUUCUGGCCUGUCUCGUCCUGUCUGCACCUGUCUCGUUCCAUAAACCAUCCCUUCAAUGAAUCGGGCAUCAGCAUAGAGCAGUGUGAGCACGUGGUGUCCGAGCUCCAGGACAGCAUGCGCAGAGCCCUCCACCUUUACCGCAGGGUACUAAAUGAUACAGAAUCUUCUACUGACAAAGAUAAAAUAGCAGGCCUCCUGACAGAAACAUUCUCCUCAAUGAAGAAAGAAUUGGACUCUCUGAAGGAUGCAGAAGAGCUUCCAAAAGAUAAGGAGGCACUGGUAAAGCCACAAGAUAACGCUAGCCCACUGAGUGAGGGAUGUGGUGCCAAUCUACCGAGUCCCAAGAGUUUGGGAGAUGAGCAGACACUAGCUUUGUUGGAACAGUACUCGGAGCUAUUGCUGCAAGCUGUGGAACGACGCAUGGACAAAAAACUCUAAAAGGGGUGACUUCAAGUGUUUGUGAAUUCACAGAAGUAAUUGCAAGAGGACCACAGAGAGAGCUUCAGAACAAUGCUACCAUCAGCUGGUCUAGGGCUGGUGGGGAUACCUUUAUAAAUUGAUUUCCUCAGGCUCCAACAACUGUGACUUGUUCAAAUUCUUAGCAAUGUGCUGGCCACAGUUUUAAUAUUUGUUUCCCAAUGGUCUUCAACUUCCUGUCUCUAAACAAAGUCUUGAAAGAGGAGUUUGGAGAAAUUGCCUUGAAAUUUCUUCAUAGCCAGGAGGUCAGGAUGUUUGACACCUAAAAAUACAAAGAAAAUCCAGUUUAUCCAAGAAAUUCUGAACUGCUGACUAAAAGCAAAGGAGUCCAUGUGAAGCCAAUCCCUUCCUCUCUGAGACUUCAUGAGAAUCAAGAAUCAGACUUUUUAUGGGUUUAUUUAUUAAUUUAUUUCUCUUGACUGUUGCUCUAUGCCACGUUUGUGGCUGUUAUCUUUGUCCUUUAAAAAAACUGUCAAUCCCUUUGCCAUAUCCCAGCGAGAAACAAUCUCUGUAUAUAAAUCCCCAACAGGGAGACAGGCUGGAGUGUCUGUGCAAUUAAUGAACUGUUCUCUGCUUAGAUCUUCUCUUGCUGUUCUUGCUUUUUCUGCUUUAGUUUUGUUCCCUGCAGUAAUCCUGCUGUUGUUAUGACAACCCUGUCUGCUUUCCUAUUGUGUCAAGACAGUCCCCACACUGUAUUUUAUCUGCAUUCACCUCCAGGGAAAGGCUCUGUAUCCCUUGGGCCAUGCUUUGGAGAUUACUUUAUGAAUUCAUUAGUGGUACUUUUAAUCUGGAAUUUGAAUACUUAAGGUUUUCUGCAGACAUUUAAAAUUUUUGAUUUAGAUACAAUACAAAAAUUGGUUUCAGCCACUUUUCAUGAUUAGGAAUUGGAUAUUGCCUUUGAUGUUGUUAUGAUUUAUUUGUGGAGAAGUGACAUGGAAAAGCUAGUUUCCAUCUCUUACAGUGUAACUCUGGAUUUGAGAGAUCUUCAGUGUCAUGGCUCAUCUGUGUCAUUUGUUCAUUUCACUGUGAUAGGAAAAUGUAUUCCCCUUCCCUUUACAUGAAAACAGAGAAUUUGCAUCCCAAGAAAGCUGAGAUUCUCUUACCUUUUGUAAUGCUGUUUCAAAUCCCUUCAGAAAAUUAUUUCCUAAGAACUUCAAAUGAGAUGUUUUGGGGUGUGAUUACCACUAUUUCCCCUGCCUCUAGCCUCUUUUCUUUUCAUGAAUUUCUGGUCUGGGAAACAGAAUUUUCUCUUCUUGCAUUUGUAUGUGCAAUAUUCUUCUUGCCCUGUGGAGCUUCUCUAAACCCAUGCUAACUUGUGUUUGUUGUGGCUUAAAAUUGUCCAGUUAUGUUUUUUAGGUCAAUGAUAUAAGCUAAGAAAAAAAAAAAAAUUAAACCAAUGAAAUUCUUCAGCACCUUCCCCCUUAUUCCCACUCCUUUCAACAACAGGGGCAAAUAGACAAAGUGUUUUAUUUCUUCCA